UCGCGACGUGCCGCUCGAAUUCGACAAAGAAGGGAGGAUUGCGUUGAUCGCGGCGAUCCUGUCCAGGCAGGCAGUUCGAAUGGCGCGGAGUGCGUUUCCCGUUACGCGCGUAAUCCGUUCGUGAUGUGCAGUUCUCGGGCCCCGAUAUCGAUCUCGAUCGAUCCGGAUCGCCAGCCGCGAGCAAUCGAGAUAAACGAUCCAAGGGACCAAGAACGACGAGAUUUUCCAGGUCGUUUGUACUUGGUCCCCCGCGCGUUCCCUUCCACCCGCCGUUCCGUCUGCCCCUCGUCAAAUGCGUCAACCUGUUGUAACUGUGCUUCGUCGUAAACGCGUCGUGACGCUGUUUCCCCGGACGUGUAAACAGUGUGUGCGGGACACGAGGGAGAAGUGGGUCGAAGAGGGGGAAGGUGGACGAUUCGUCGACUCGUGCAUUAGGGGGGUGGAGAGGCGUGAAUCUCGAGUGGUGUCGCGGAAGGAUCCGUUCCGACCGAGGGGUGUAUCGUGCGAGGGGACAGUGCGAGGAGUCCAAGUGUAAAAGGGGGUGGGUUUCGACGAGCCAGAAAUUUCGCGGGGGAGAACAGGACCACGUAGGAUGAGGUGAAAGGAGGAGGUCAGAGAAAAAGGAAAGAGAAAAACGAAGAGUGGAAGGAAAAGGGGCGUCACUGGAUGCGCCUCCGGCGAGAUACUGCCGCUUGUACAGAUCUAUAUGCACAGGAAAGUCGUGGCAAUAGAAGUGUCCCCUGCCGCACGAUGCCGCGUAACUGGGUCACAUAACUGCACAUCGCCCGUUUUCUCGCGCGUGUGUGCACGUCUCCGCCUUUUACCGAUGUCGCCGCUGCUUCCCCUUUGAUCUCACGACGACACAUUCGGAAAGAGAAUAGGGGAACCGUCGAUUGGCCGUGAGAUUGGCGCGAUGCUUCUAAAACGAGGGAAGAGAAAUUAAAGGAGAAUCGUAACCGUUCGUUCGACUCGAGUUGUGGAUACUUUUUGUUGGUGUUGUAUUUGCGAUAUAUUCGAUCGUUGAGUGGAGUGCGUGUGUAAUAAUCACGUGUAACGGAACUAAGUGAUUUUCAUUUUUAUAAGGACAAAGUGAUACAAAGUGAACGCGAAAAGGAAUCCUUGGAUGUCAGUGUAUCCCUUUUAUAAACGUUCUCAGUGAGAACAUUUCUUCCUUUUUUUUUUCCGGACCCGAUUCGUCGUCUUUGUUUCGUUCGGGAAUGGUGGUGUAUCGCGGCAGUUUCGUGGAAAAUCUCGAUAGUUUCGCUCGAUCGUUCCUUCGAAUCGUUGGUUCGACUCGAUAUCCACGACGGUAACGAGCUGUUAGAACGCAUGGUGAGCGAGGGAGGAGGGGUUGAAAGGUGGAAGAACGCGGCCGACCGCUCUCCCGCGGGGACAAUCUCGACCGAACGAGCGCCAUGCGAGAACUAUUAUCCGUGGAAGAGCAAUCAAGUUGCGCGAAACCCGUCCCUCUUUAGAGCGGACACAUUGGACGUGGCCGGCCGGUAAAUAAUGAAGCUCCGCAGUCAUUUAUCAACCUCGCCGCGAAAUGCUCAAAGCGGCAUGGAAGUUGGCGAGAACGCGACCCACGUUCGAGCAACCGACCUUCGAGUUUCUUCUUCUCCCUUUCGUCUCGAUCGAAGGAUGAACAUCGUUUAAAGGGAACGUUCGAGCAAAUUCCGUUCCGUCGAAUUCUCUCGUUACUGUAAACACGCUUCUGGCGGCGAGGGCGAACAUAUUUGCUUUCGAGUUUCACGCCCGCUCGAUUCUGCACGAGAGGAGGGGAAAAAAAAAAAAAAAAAAGAAAAAAGGUCGGUCGAUGUCGUUUUCGUCGUCAUCGCGGUGUUUGAGAUGCGAUCAUCGAUCGAAUCGCGCCACGGUGUACAGUGGCCACUUUGCUCGACGAGGAUUUAUCGGGCCGGCAGAUAGCGACGCGUGAGAGGAGAGCGGCUCGAUGAGAAGAAGUGCGGUCUUCGUUCCCGACGAUCGCGGAGGAACGUUCGACCCGCCGGUUUGACCAGCCCCACCGUGAAUCAUGAGACGACGUAAUAACGGUUGCUGCUGCCAGAGCAGCAGGAGGAUCGGUCGCGGCAACGACACGGAGGGGGGCGAACCGCCCGUGUGGUGCAUUUACGCGACGGUCGCUUUGGUCGCUGUCGCCUGUUACUUGAACGCGUUGGGUGGUGAUUUCGUGCACGACGAUAUACCCGCGGUGGUGAGGAACAAGGACGUGCUCGCCCAAACCCCUUUGACCACCCUCCUGAAGAACGAUUUUUGGGGCACGCCUAUGCGCGACGUUAACAGCCAUAAGAGCUACAGACCGUUGACGACGUUAACGUUUCGGUUAAAUUACUUGAUGUCGGGAUUAACGACAAGCUGGUAUCACGCAACGAAUAUUGCCCUACACGCCAUUGCAUGCGUUUUGGUCACAAAGGUGAGCCUAGCGGUAGCAUCAUUGCGUCCAGGAUUUGCUGCCUUGACAGGCUUGCUGUUUGCUGCUCAUCCUGUACAUACUGAAGCGGUAACUGGGAUCGUAGGACGAGCAGACGUACUCGCGUGCAUCUUCUUCUUGUUGUCCUUUCUAGCUUAUCAUGGGUGA